AUGACCGUCCAGCCAGCAACCCGCUACGGCUGGGUUGGACUUGGCAACAUGGGCCUUGCAAUGGCCACGAACCUCCAGCGCCAUCUGUCUACUCUAUCCGAGGGAGCCCCGCUAGCAUACACAAACCGCACGCUCUCACGUGGCGAUGGUCUGGCCGCGUCGGGCGGUAGAGCAUUCCAGACUCCGGCUGAGGUAGUGGCGGCGAGCGAUGUUGUUUUCUUUUCUCUAUCAGAUGACGCCGCUGUACAGUCCACAAUCGGAGGUAUCCUUGCAGACAUCUCUUCACUCGAAGGCAAACUCCUAGUCGACACCACGACCAUCCACCCAGACACCACCACCGCCAUCUCCGACCUCGUGACUACUGCCUCCGGCACUUACCUCUCAUCCCCCGUCUUCGGCGGGACGCCUGUGGCGGUAUCAGGUUCUUUACUCUUCGCACUCGCCGGGCCCUCGACCGCGAUCCAACGCGUGAAGCCACUGAUCGAAGCCUGUCUUGCGCGUUCAGUCAUCAUCGCCGGACCGAAUCCGAGAGACGCAAUGAUGCUGAAGGCCACAGGCAACCUGAUCACUGCCGGCCUAGCACAGCUGCUGAGCGAGGCCUUCGUGCUGGCCGAGAAGUCUGGGCUCGAGACGUCCAUCGUGGAGGAACUCGUAAAGCAGAAUUAUGGGGCGUAUGCUGCGAGUGUAGCUGAGAAGCUGAGCACGGGUGUGUAUGCGCCUGCUUCGGGUGAGAGGCCACGCAGUGAUGUACGGCUGGCGGUGAAAGACGUGCAAGUGGGUGUGGACGUUGCUGGAGCGGUGGGUGUUGAUCUUGAGGUAGGUAAGCUGGCUCUGGAGAGGCUCAAAGAUGCAAGGGAUUGGGGCGAGAGUAAUGGACGUGGACUUGACAGUAGCUCGGUGUAUGGAGUGGCAAGGAAUCGAGCUGGUCUGGACUUUGAGCGGGAGGAUGUUCUUGAGCAGAGAAGGUUACAGAGUGAAAAGCCACAGGAGAAGGACUGA